AUGAUUCCCGACGCAGCAUCUCGCCAAGAAAUACGUUUGGCGCCUAUACUUGCGACUGAACUCUCUACCUUGGCUGCUGUUUACGCCACUGUAAACCCACGACUAUUCUCGCUUAGGAUAUGGCUUGUCUCAAUCGCUCUUGCUUCGACCUGGAACCUUUGUACCAAUUAUGCCCUUACCGACCCCUGGAUGAAUACCUUUAACUUUGGGAUAUGUGUAGCGGGAUUCACUACGUUUAUGAAGCUAAUUGAAAUCACGGUAUUGCACAAACCACCAAAGUACAACGGUGGUGUUCCAUGUUCGGAGCCCUCAUUCUUGUGUGCGAGGUGUCUCAAGAAUUCCAUUAGCUACAUGUUAGAUAUCAAGUGCAUGUACUGGGAGAAUGACAGCCUAUGCCCGGUUCCUUCAGAUGACCGGGGUGAUGCUUCUCAUCUCCAAUUUUACACUCAUACAUUUCUCCUAUUUAUCAAGCACCUAUUGAUAUGCGACACUCUACACACGAUUAUUGAAUCUAUAGGAACACUAGGAACACCACAAGGAGAUACUAUUUUCCGGCGGACAUUUGCCAUUACUAAAAACCUCAAGCUUUCUGUACCUCACCCUGCGAUUUCAGCGGUGUAUAUUGCUUUUAUGGUUGGGGUGUUCAUAUGGCAUUUCAUGUCAACCGUCCAUUGUUUAUGCACUCUGUUUACGGCACCCCUCGCAUGCUUGCCUCCCUCCAUAUCACCUUACUCGCGCCCUGCGGCAGUUCUCAAGAAGGAAUGGCCACCGCUAUUUGACAAUCCUCUUGCUGCAACAUCAGUUCGUGACUUUUGGUCACGUCGGUGGCAUGCCUGCUUCAGGAGGAACUUUUUCAUCACAGGGGCUAAACCGGGAGCCAUUGUGGGAGAAUCUAUCGGGAGCCUUGCGGGUAGCAUGGCUGACACUAUUGUCCCCUCAGGACUUGAAUCCGGGAAGUCUAAUGUGCGGUUCAAACAUAGUGCGAAAGUCUUGGGAAAGCGUGUGGGCGGCGUCAUGGGAGUGUUCCUUAUGUCUGGUCUACUGCAUGACUUCGGCAUGUGGGGAAUGGGACAAGGAAUGGACUUUCGGCGUGUUACCGGGUACUUUCUUGUUCAGGGCGUGGGCUUGAUUGCGGAGAACGCCCUCGGACUUGGAAUUCCAGAGAAGCAAAAUAACAAACAGGAUGCGCGUAGUAUCAAUGGAAGUGCCAGAAAUACAGAUGGCAAAUCUAUGGUAGCCAGGUCUGGACAAUAUCAACAAACAACAUCGACUACGUUCAGGUACUGGCUCGUGAAAUUAUGGGUUGUUUCGUGGGUUGUAGUACCAGCUACAAUGAUGGUUGAAGCUUGGUUGCAGCGCGGCCUUGGCGGAGUUGUCCUGUGGCCACAUUCACUUAGCCCGGCACGAUGGAUGCUUAAACUUUGGAAUGAAUUCGCGUUUAAGUAG